AUGUCCGGGAGGAUUGCAUUUCAUAAACGAUGCAGACUCGAUCCCUUGGCAUUUGUUCCCUUUAGGAUGGGUGAUACUGUUGAUUUUACGCUAUUCAAUAUUUUAUCACUUAUACUACCUCCGAUUAGCGAAAUGUCUAAGGAUCUCGAAGCCGUGCAGAUAAAUGAGCGUAGAAUCAUUAAUACUGUAUUAGAUCCGAGUAUCUACGACUCAUCAGUUCCGUAUAAACCACCGGCGGAAGUAGUACCAGUGUUCUCCUUACAUCACGUAGAGAAUGUGGACGAAGUGCAGCAGUUGAUGGUACUACAUGGCGCAAUGCUUUUGAUGUGGAAAGACAAGCGGCUUGCCUGGAACGUCUCAGAGUACGGUAACGUCAGAGAGAUAAUUCGACGAAAGAGUCAGCUGGUUGGCCGGAUUUGGCUACCGAAAUUAUACUUGACAGAAAUAUUCUUUCGAACAGCAAAUAUCCUUAGUUCCGACACAACUGAACUAACCAUAAUACAUACUGGACUUGUUCGUUGCGAGGUCAAGAUCCUUGUGAAGACGUCAUGUUAUUUCGAAUACGACGACUAUCCUAAUGAUAAUCAGAACUGCUCAUUCACAAUGUAUAGUCCAUUUACAAUAGAUAAAAUGAAGUUUACUGAAUACGGUGGCGCCGAGAAGGGCGCAUUCUACCGAUCACGAUCAGGAAGAACGCCAUCAAAAGUGGAUGUUGGCGAUUUCGUUCUGGAGAGAAUCGAUUCUAAGAAUGUCUUCUUAUUAGCCGGAUCGAAACUUGUAGAUAACGUAGAGAGAUAUCCACCGAAGAUGGUCCGCUCCGUGUACUGGUACAAUUUAGUUUUCCGUCGUCACAAUAUUUACUACGUGACUCGCAUGGCAAUGCCAUUGUUCACCAUCAGCUGCUUGACUUAUGCUUUCUGCCUUCUACGUUCUCAUCAUGGCCUAAUUUGGUUGCUGCUUUGUUUAGCUGUUCAAAUUAUGAACGGUGCGAUACUAUUGGAAAAUCUUCCACCGGACUACACGAAAAUGCCUGCUAUAGGCCUCAUUGCAACUCUUGUGCUGUUCGAAACAAUAUGCUUGAUAAUAUGGCGAUUUAUCACCGUAUAUAUCACACAGUCAUUACCGGAUCGUCUUGAUUUACGUUCAAAAAUUGAUCUUGUAGAAAAUUUCUUAUGUGUGUACUUUGUGAUUCGGAUUAUUCAUAUUUAUAUAAAACUUUUCUAA